ACAGAUGAUGUAAAUUGAAAAGUUACCAAAAACCCACAUCAUCCUCUUCAAGCAGAGACAGAAGCUGUCUUGAUGGAAAUCUCAUCGGCAAAAUGGAUAUCUGAACUGGAAAUGGAUGAUUCCGCCUUCUUCAAUCAAUACCAAAUGAACCCUCUUGAUUACACACUGGACGGGCUCGAUUUUCAAUCUUUUUUUUCUGGUAGCUAUUACCCAGAAAGCACUCAUAACAGUAGCGGUUCUUACAUUGAAGCCUCUCACACCGGUGUUGAGAGGCCGGCAAAGCAGUUAAAGACCAAUAGCUGGAACUCUUGCACCACUGAACUCACCGCUCCUAAGCAUUCUCCUUCUUCCUCCUCACAAAUUAUUUCAUUUGACAACUCAGUCUCAUCGUCUCCAGCCAUUAAUCAGCAAGCCUAUGAUGUAAAAUAUCCCAUGAAUCCGAAGAACGAGUCGGCAGGGUCUCUUGGAAACAUCAAUUUGUCAUCUGUUAUUUCACGCAGUUCCCAUGAGGCUCAGUUUCGUUCACCAAACCAUGUGCAGGAGACCAAGAGGGUCGGUUCAGUGACAAGGGCUCCUUUACUUGCUCAAGAUCAUGUUAUAGCAGAAAGAAAGCGACGAGAGAAACUCAACCAGCGGUUUAUAGCUCUCUCCGCUCUCGUUCCUGGGCUAAAGAAGACGGACAAAGCUACCGUCCUUGCAGAUGCUAUCAAGUACAUGAAACAACUUCAAGAACUUGUGAAGACUCUUGAAGAACAGGCAGCGAAGAAAACAAUGGAAUCAACUAUUAUUGUGAAGAAAUCUCAAAUCUCUUCUGAUGAUGAAACGUCUUCAUCCGAUGAGAAUUUUGACAGCCAAUCCGACCAAUACCUUCCUGAAAUCGAAGCUCGAGUUUCCGACAGGGAUAUACUUAUUAGAAUCCACUGCGAGCAGAUUAAGGGAAGCUUAGUAAAAAUAAUCAGCGAAGUUGAAAAGCUUAAUCUAACAGUUCUAAAUAGCAAUGUGUUUUCAUUUGGAAACUCCACUCUUGAUAUAACAAUUGUUGCACAGAUGGACUCUGAAUCCGACAUGACGAUUAAGGAUCUUGUGAAAAACCUACGACUAGCUGUGCUGGAAGCCAUGUUGUGACACAAAAAUCCAUGUUCCAUUUUACGUUGCGCGAAGACUUUAGAAUAAAAUCUAGGUUUAUUUUUUAUUUUUAACUUACUGUUUGUUUUUGCUCAACCUUGGGAGAGAAACUAAAAGGCCUUCAACGUCUUCUCUUAACCAUAGACCAACUGUCAUUGCCAUGGCUUUGUUUAGCUGCUAGGUUUAAUUUUGCAGGAGGGUUUUUCACCUGUUUUUUUUUUUUUUUUGUUUUUUUUUUUUUCCGUGGUUGACCCAUUGACCACGUUCAAUAUCCCACUUGCUGUAUUUAGAGACCGGCAACUUUUUUUUUUGGAGAGGUUUGGGAUUUUCUUGUCCGUCCUCUUUCUCUUCAUUUAUCUAUGUAAAUGGUGAUGCAGGCAAAUCACUCUCAGGUCGGGCAUGUUUACGGCUUUUUAUUUUUUGCAAACUUCCUUGUAACCAAACAAUUAAUGUGAUUUGAUAAUUAUGUG